UUGAAAGGGUGGCACACGUCCUUCCAUAUUAAAAUCCACACAGCCAAGAGGCAUGGCUAGAGAAGGGCAAUACGGAAACUGGAUGCCACUUCCCCAGCUGCCAGAUCCCAAGCCAGCACUACAGCAGGUUAAAGGAAUCUACAUGUUUGCAGAGCCAGCCCCACCCCUUCCUCCCAAAUCAGGUUCGGCCAGUAGUUUUGAUGAUGAGGAUGAGGAGGAUCGUAAUGAUUAUGAGGAUGGUAUUGAUUAUGAUAAUGAUUAUGAUGAUGCGGGUUUUGUGACUUCCGUGGCUCCUGAAACUGAAAGCAUGCCCUCGGGUGUGAAAGAAAUACAAGACAUGGAAGAGCAGAAAGAUGCAGGAACCACCAACAUUACUACUCCUUUUAUCAACAAGUCUGCAGAAAGGAAAGACAGUAGAAGACUGCUAAUAGUCAUUCUUUAUGUCCUGGUCACCAUGUCCUUUGCAAUGUGGACUGGUCUCCUCUCCUUGAUCCUGGUGAAGUAUUCAGCACUAUCAGAGGAGCUAAAGGCCCUAAACUUGAGCCACUUGGAGAUGCUAAGGACUGUAAAGGAGGAUCUGGGUUUUAUACAAACAACACAACAUAUCCUUGAAAGAUCUAUAAAGCAAAACUUCAAUGAACUUCAGGACAUCACCGCAUCCACCUGCAGCAGCAAAAACAUCACAUUCUUCCAUUCCUGUCCCACCAGCUGGAAGAGCCAAGGGGGGAACUGCUAUUACUUCUCAACAGAGAGGAAGGACAGGAACAAUGCUUGGUUGGACUGCAUUAGCGAGAGGGCUCAUUUGGUUAGCAUUUGUUCUGAUGACGAGCAGGGUUUUCUGAAAAAUAGCAUCAGUGAUACAUACUGGCUGGGUAUGACCGACAGUGAGGUAGAAGGAAAGUGGAUGUGGCAAGAUAUGGAUCUACAUGUAUCUACGAGUUAUUGGGAUUUUACGAAAGGCGAGCCAAAGGAAGGUAAAGAGAAGAACUGUGGUAUCAUGAACCCCGGUGGGACAUGGGCUUCUGCACAGUGUACCCUUCAAUAUAGAUGGAUUUGUAAAAAGAAGCUGAUUUGCCCAGAUGCCAGUGUUCAAUCUAAGCCUUUUCAUCAGUGCACAGAAUAA